AAGAGUCUUCUAGCCGCCUCCGCUUCCAAAACAUUGAAAGAAUUUUUAAUAACACUUUUUGAAACAUUACGAUGUAUAUUUCAUGAAAAAAAUACAUGUUAUAUUAUAUUUUAUUUUUGUUAACAUUUUUAUGAGUAGGAAUACAAGGAACUGGACCGGAAGUGUAUGGAAGCAUACAGACAGAUGAAUGCAGCAGCCGACAAUUUCAACGAGUAUGCUAACGAUGUCGACAGCCAAAAUUGCUUUAAAGAAGCUAGCUUUGAAGCACACAAGGUUUAUAUUCAGAUGACAAAAGAAUAUAUCACGUGCAAAGAAAAGUCCAAGCUGGCAUUAGAGAAGAUGUACCCUCUGUACAAAACAGAAAAACAAAUCAGAGAGGAGCGUAUGAAUAAGUUAGACAAUGAUUUGAGAUACAUGAUAGUGCGAGAGAUGAGUGAAACACUGACAGAAGGAAUGAAAAUAUUGACGACGAUAGCUGCAGCAGCUCGUUUCUCUCCGUAACUUUACACUUGAUUUUUCUCCAAGUGGUUGACACGUAUCUCCCCCCGAGUAGUUGACUAACAGUUAAUUAUAUGCUCCGCUCUUUGCUUUUCUCCGAGUAGUUAAUAGAAUGCAUGUGUUUUCCUCCGAGUAGUUUGCACAUGCUUUUCUGAAAGUAUUUUGUACUUGCUUCUCUCAGUGAAAUUUUACACUUUUUUCCGAGUAGUUUUCACAUACUU